AUGGAGCUUUCAGAUGAAGAUGUCGCCAAGUUGCUGGCAAAGGACAUUGACAAACACAAGUCCAAGGCAGCGUAUUGCGUGGGCGCCACACGCGGAUUGUUUGGUGGAAAGCGCAUUGGGGACAAGGCAGAUCGACAACGACCCUCAAUGAAGUCGGUGGUCCCCAUUAGCGAGGAGCCAGUUGCAAUCGCAGGACCUCCUGGGUCAGUGGAACCUGAAGAGCCUGGCCCCGAGCCAGCCUGUGUGGUAGAGUUUGUUGCGAAGAACUUUGCUGUCUCCGAGAGUAUUGGCACCGUCAAGCUGCGAGUGAAGCGAAAAGGAGACCUGACCUCCGAAGUGAAGGUGCAAUAUGAAAGCGAAGACGGCAUCGCCAAAGCAGGGAUGGACUACCACGAGGUGAAGGGCGAGUUGGUGUUUUUACCUCAAGAAGACAUGAAAGAGAUUGAGGUGCCCAUUAUUGAUGAUUCCACCUGGGAGGAAGAUGAGGAAUUCUACGUCCACCUCACUUCAAUCGUCACGGUAAAGGGUCAGGUGAGUGGCCUGGGCCGUGCCUCCAAAGCCAGGAUUGUCAUCAUUGACGAUGACUGCCCAGGGGUCCUUUCCUUUGAAAAGGAUGUGAUUGAAGUGCAGGAAACUUCCAAAGAUCAAGUAAUCCAGGUGCUGGUCAAUCGAAAAGGCGGCUCCAGUGGAUCUGUCAGCUGCAAGUUCCAGACUGAAGCAGCAAGCGCCACCCAGGGCGCGGAUUACGUCCAUACCGAGGGAACGCUGACCUUUGAAGAGGGCGUGACGAGCCAAGAGAUCGCGGUGACGAUCAUUUCGAAGGGCCGCGUCUAUGGGAAGGAGGAAUUUCGCUUGAUUAUGAGCGAGGCGCAAAAUGGCCUCUCCUUCGACCCAGAGCGAGAUGGUGGACCCGACCAAAGCAUCGCCACCAUCGUGAUUUUACCUGACGAGGUGGCCAAGAGCCGUCUCGAUCGCGUCGCCAGCCUGCUUAGAAUCAACCGGGACCGUGCCGCCUUGGGAGCUUCAAAUUGGAAGGAGCAAGCCGCGUUGGGCAGAACCUAUGGAAUGGUCAUAAGGAUGUCAUAA